AUGUGGGCGCCGGACGUCAAGUGUAACCUAUGGGAGACCGCGUGUCCAGAGCCUGAGCUGAUACGGCCCUGUGUUUGUCAGCGGAGCGGCGACUCCGAGGGACAAGAGAUUGCGUGCGGCGGCGAUUCCCCUCUAGACCUGCCGGCGGUGUUCCGGGCGAUCGCAGCCACCAAUCGGACGGCCGGCCAAAAACAUUUCCGCAAACUUAUUAUAUCAAACACAGCGCUCAGGGAAGUGCCCGCCCGGGCCUUCGCCGGCGUACACUUUGACGAGUACGCCAUCCAUGACUGUACUAACCUUACCCGCAUUCACCGGCUGGCCUUCGCCACAACCAACAGCACCGGUAAUCAUACGGGAAAUACCGGUUUGAGUGAUAAUAUGAAGACCUAUGGGCUGUUCAUCACAAAUAACCCUAAACUCAAUGGCCAGUCGACCGGCGAGUACUCCCUGUUCGACGCCUUAACACAGUUACCGCACUUACAGACACUCGUGUUGGCCGACAAUAACAUUACCGAAAUACCGGCCCUACUGUUCAACGGGUCGACCGCUCGAACCGUAGCGAAUGUGGAGAUCGCCGGCCAGUCGAUCGAGUCGGUGUCCGACCGAUCCUUUUAUAACCUCCAGUCCCUGUAUUCGCUACGAGUGACCAAUACGUCGGUUAGACAGCUGUCGACCGACACGUUUGCCGUCAACAGAGGGGUUGGUUCGCCGGCCACACACUUCCCAAUGCAUAUAUAUCUGUAUAAUAAUAGGUAUAUAAAUAGUGGUAGUUUUGCGGCGGACAGUGUGUCGACCAAUAGGACGGGUAGACCGAUAGUACUGUCCAUUUUGGACGACACGAGGGAAUUGUUUAGUUAUAUACCGGAGUCUGUGUUCAGAGGUGUGGUGUCUGGGAAUGUGAACAAUAAGCUGUUUUUGCUUCAAAUCCAAUUGGAUUGUAAUGAUUGUCGUAAUAAAUGGCUGACCAAUCGGAAUGUGACCACAGGUCGGCUCCUGUAUCUCGAGUGCGCGAACGGCCGACCAUUUGAUAGCAAGUUUAUUAAAUCGGACGGCGUAUGCGGUGAUGGUUGGGACGUAUAUCACGACGACUUAAAUGAUGUAUGUUACAAAUACUUCUCAGAUAGCUUGGACGACUACCAGACCAUGGUCAACUUAUGCCAUAAACAACAAAACUCAUCGCUACCCACCAUUAAAUCAAAGGCAGAACAAAAUUUUCUCAUUAACUUAAUUGUUAAAUACAAUAUUACAGACAAUGUAUGGCUGGACGCCGGAGUCAAACACAACCAUAUUGUUUGGGCGGAUAGUAGUAGUGGUGUUGAGUACGAGUUCUGGAUGGCCGGCCAUUCGGUUAUUGAUAGCAACUGUGUCAUUAUGACUACCGGUGCCGCUAAUAUGAGCGGUGCAGAACCCCCUCCACUGCCGCCACCGCCUUCUCCAGUACUGCCAAUACUUAAUACAAAAUAA